ACUGGGAAUGACUUCUAGUUGGACUGGUGCGCUCACCUGUCCCGGCCUGUUUCCAGAUGCUGACUGGAUCAGGUUGGGCAGCCUGGAACCUGAGGAAAAAAGCGACAGAGGGGAGGCCUCUGGCCAAGGUGGGGAUUCAUCUGCUGCAGAAUAGAGCAGGGCGCGUAGAGCGCGGCCCGGCAUAUGAAUAGUUCUGGGCUUCCCUGCCAGCCACCUACGUACACCCUCCUCUCCCAGCGACUCCCAGUCGGGUACACCCUCAGCUUACGUCUCAGCCUGUCGGGUAUCUGCCCCGCCCUUCCUCUCCCAGUGGGCCCUCGGAGGCCAGCUUGUACCGCUGAGCUCUGAGCUCGGUACAGAAGUCGCCCGAUUCAAGUGCAUAGAAGGCGCCGAUGGCUGCAGUAGGGCCGCGGACCGGCCCGGGUGCAGGGGCUGAGGCUCUGGCACUGGCUGCAGAGCUGCAGGGCGAGGCAACGUGCUCCAUCUGCCUAGAGCUCUUUCGGGAGCCAGUGUCCGUCGAGUGUGGUCACAGUUUCUGCCGAACUUGCAUCGCACGCUGCUGGGAGCGCCCCAACCCCAGCACUGCAACCGCGACCCGUACUCUGCCUUGCCCGCUGCCCUGCCCUCAGUGCCGUGAGCCCGCACGCCCUAGCCAGCUGCGUCCCAACCGGCAGCUGGCUGCAGUGGCUACGCUGCUUCGGCGCUUCAGCCUGCCAGCGGUUGCCACAGGGAAGUGUGGGACCCCGGAGGCUGCCGCCUCGGCGACGAUUGUCAGGUGUACACUGCACGGAGAACCGCUUAAGCUUUACUGCCAAGACGACGGACGCGCCAUUUGUGUGGUGUGCGACCGCGCCCGCGAGCACCGUGCUCACGCUGUGUUGCCACUAGACGAGGCGGUGCAGGAGGCCAAGGAGCUCUUGGAUUCUAGGCUGAGGGCCUUGAAGAAGGAACUGGAGGACUAUGAAGUGUUUCGGGCUACGGAAGAGAAGGAGAGCAAGGAGCUCCUGAAGCAGAUGGCAGCUGAGAGAGAGAAGGUAGGGGCGGAAUUCCAGGCACUUCGGGCCUUCCUGGUGGAACAAGAGGGCCGGCUGCUGAGCCGCCUAGAGGAGUUAUCCAGGGAAGUAACACAGAAGCAGAAUGAGAACCUGGCCCAGCUCGGGGGUGAGAUUGGCCAACUCUCCAAGCUCAGCAGCCAAAUUCAGGAGACAGCUCAAAAGCCUGACCUUGACUUCCUCCAGGAAUUCAAAAACACACUAAGCAAGUGCAGCAAUGUGCCUGGCCCCAAGCCAACAACAGUCUCCUCUGAGAUGAAGAAUAAAGUCUGGAAAGUUUCCCUCAAGACUUUUGUCUUAAAAGGACUGCUGAAGAAGUUCAAAGAGGAUCUUCGGGGAGAGCUGGAGAAAGAGGAAAAAGUGGAGCUCACCUUGGACCCUGACACGGCUAACCCUCGCCUCAUCCUCUCUCUGGAUCUUAAGAGUGUGCGCCUUGGACAGCGGGCUCAGGACCUGCCCAGUCACCCCAGCCGCUUCGAUACCAACACCCGCGUUCUGGCAUCCUGCGGUUUCUCCUCCGGGAGGCACCACUGGGAGGUGGAAGUAGGCUCCACCGACGGCUGGGCCUUCGGAGUGGCCCGCGAGAGCGUGCGCCGAAAGGGCCUCACGCCUUUCACCCCUGAGGAAGGCGUCUGGGCGUUGCAGCUCAACGGUGGACAGUAUUGGGCUGUUACAAGCCCCGAGCGGACGCCCCUCAGCUGUGGACACCUCUCGCGCGUGCGGGUGGCCCUGGACCUGGAGGUGGGAGCUGUGUCCUUUUAUGCCGUGGAGGACAUGCGCCACCUCUACACUUUUCGCGUCAACUUUCAGGAGCGUGUGUUCCCACUUUUCUCUGUCUGUUCCACUGGCACCUUCUUGCGAAUCUGGCCUUGAGAAGCAUUGCCCCGCCUCCUAAUAAGAAGUCACUCCUGGGUGAACAACCUCACCCCCCCACCCCCACCUCCGCCCUCGCCUUCGACAGCCACUUGCUCAGUCUUGGGCUCGCCCUCCACACUCCUGCUCCAGGCAGCCCAAGAAAGGCUUGAAGAGUGAUUGAGGAAAAGCCUCUGUAGUCAACCGGGACUAGGAAGAGAUGCCUUGGAUCUCUGGGGCCUGUUCCCUCCCUAUUGAUGGGCUUAUAGUUUUGGCCUGAACUGUGAAAUGGGGAUGCUGGCAAAAAUCCCUACUCUUGACAGGGAUGCUUCCUAUCACAUGGGGCUUACUGCCCUGAUAUGGAGGGGCCUCUGAGUCCAUGGAACAAUAUUAAACUCUUGUAAUGUUGUAAAUGGAUAGGUUUGACCCUGGGUCAGCCAUGUUCAUCAUCACAGCAACAGCUCUGCUUUUAGAGGUCAUGAGACCUCUGGAUCCACCUGACCUGAUAGGGUUGUCUACUCAGGGAGGAGUAUUGUACUCCCAUGCAGGAACAAGAACAGGAAGAAGAUAGUUAACCCAUGCAUGAGGGGAAAAGCCAGGAUAAGAGUCUACAGGCUUUGCUCUCUCCAACUCCCCUUAACCUGAGUAAUAUGUGCAACCUUGACCACAGUGACUGUGUUCUCACAGAUACCUAACCUCCCAUUUUCCAAUGUCAGAGUACAGUCUUCUUUGGGUAAGGAGAGCAAAGGUUCUGGAAUUUUAAAACACAAGAUGACACUAAGAAUUUUAAGAUGCAACUAGCACCAGCAUAGAAAUACAUAGAGCACCAACAUGCUCCUGACACUUUCUGGAACUUGCUAAAUAUAUGCAACAGCAGAUCAUUCUGGGACCAUGGCCUGCUCAGUCUGUGCCCUGGGAAGGUGUUCAGAAGAGACUAGCCUUGUUAACCUGUUGACUGGAUGUUUCCCAGCUUCUGGAUGGCUGAGUUUCUAGGAGGGUGGUUGAGAGGUGUUCCCUGCUUAGUGCUCCUGUGGGAAAGGGAAUAGGGACAUGUGAGCUCUUGACUCUUUCUUGAGUUCCUUGGUCUAAUUGUGGGAGGACAAGAUGAGCAAGGGUUUCUGUUUGAGUGAGUGAGUUUAAGGAUAGAGGAGCAUAAGUACACGUAUUUGUACCUUAGAUUUGUGGUGAGGUAUAUGUAUAUUUUGGAGAGGGCAUUUAUGAGCAGAUAUAUAGGCUUUAGGUGUUACAGACUUAGAUCAAUUUGAUCAUACCUUAAAAUUGAUUUGUUGUUGUUGGUUCCUGUGGAGCAGGCAAGACACUGUCCUAUAGGCAGACCCAGUUGACAUAGAACCAGAUAAUCAGAAUCCUGCAUCCUGGGGACAAGACCACUUAAGAGUUUAGCUUAGAGCUGGAGUUGUAGCUCAGUGGUAGAGCUUAGCAUGUGUGGGGCACAGAGUUCAAUCCUCAGCACUACAUAAAAACAAAUAAAUGAAAAAUAAAGGUAUUGUGUCCAUCUACAACUAAAAAUAUUUUUUAAAGGAAUUUAGUCCAUAGCAGAACCCAGAGGGUGAAUCCUAUACAUGGAGAACAGUUCUAGAACAUUGUAACCAAUCUAUGUAUUUGAAUACCUUGAUUUCCACAAGGAAAACCCGUUUCUAAUGUUCAAUUUUUAAUCAAGGCACAUGAUGUUGUCCUUGAGCCCUAAGGUUAUCAGAGUUCAUAUGGCUCUUUUUUUUUUCUCCUCCUCCUCCUCCUUCCCCUCCUCCUUCUUCUACUUCUUCUUUUGCAUUACCUGGAAUUGAACCCAUGGUGCUGUACAACUGAGCUACCAUCCCAGCCCUUUUUAUUUUUUCUUUUGAUACAUGAUCUUAUUGUCAAGGCUGGCCUCACACUUGUGAUCCUCCUGCCCCAGCUUCCUGAGUUGUUGGGAUUACAUAUGUGUGCUACCACACUCCUCUUAUGUGGUUUGCUGAUUAUCACAGUCUCUUUGUAUCAUUUAACAACUGUGCUGAAUAUCACAACACAUUACAGGCUACAGAGGGUGGGAUAUUUGAUGGAAGUGCCAUGUGUACAUGUGAGGCCAGGACUGGGGGCUGUGGGGAUAGCUGUUUGCAUAUAUAUUUUCAGCUUUUGUGUUUGUGAUUGUGACUGUGUGUCUAUCAGAAUGUGUGCCUGCAGAAUAACUACUGAUAUCUAUAUAUUGGAAGAAAUAUAUACA